AUGUUGGAAAAUAUACAUCUCGCACAAGAGCUCCUUAGACAAUACAAUCGUAAGAGAGUUGCUUCUAGAUGCCUUUUCAAAAUAGAUCUUAAGAAAGUGUAUGAUUCGGUCAAUUGGGAAUUUCUCAAGAAUAUGUUACACGACUUUGGAUUUCCAAUGAAUUUUAUUGGUUGGGUGAUGGAAUGUAUUUCUACUCCUUCAUAUUUUAUUACUCUCAAUGGAAGCCUUCAUGGAUUUUUUAAAGGGAAAAAGGGUCUUCGUCAAGCAAGUUCAAUUAUCAGUGGCCCUUUAAAGAUUACACAUUUGGCAUUUGCGGAUGAUUUGAUGCUCUUUGGAUUAAGGAUGAAUAUUAGCAAGUCCAGCUUGUAUACAGCAGGGGUUCAUGGGCAAGAGCUUGAGAAGAUAUUUUAG